ACUACGGUUGGUACCCGGUUUCUGUGGUUGUGGCUGUCGGACAGCGCCGCGUCCCUCUUCCUGCCUCCUUCCCGGGCCGACGCCAUGGGAGUCACUUGUGUGUCCCAGAUGCCUGUGGCUGAGGGCAAGAGUGUCCAACAAACAGUGGAGCUCCUCACCCGGAAGCUGGAGAUGCUUGGGGCAGAAAAGCAAGGAACAUUUUGUGUGGACUGUGAGACUUACCAUACGGCUGCUGCUACUCUGGGCAGUCAAGGACGCCUGUCCCUUGCAGGUCAGGCUGGGAAGCUGAUGUACGUGAUGCACAACUCUGAGUACCCACUGAGCUGCUUUGCCCUCUUUGAGAACGGCCCUUGCCUUAUCGCCGACACCAACUUUGAUGUGCUGAUGGUGAAGCUCAAGGGCUUUUUCCAGAGUGCCAAGGCCAGCAAGAUUGAGACCCGGGGCACGCGUUACCAGUACUGUGACUUCCUGGUGAAGGUGGGCACCGUCGCAAUGGGGCCCAGUGCUCGGGGCAUCUCUGUGGAGGUGGAAUAUGGCCCCUGUGUAGUGGCGAGUGACUGCUGGAGCUUGCUGCUCGAGUUCCUCCAGAGUUUUCUAGGCAGCCACACACCAGCGGCUCCUGCCGUGUUUGGGAACAGACAUGAUGGAGUCUAUGGCCCAGCAGAUACCAUGGUCCAGUACAUGGAACUCUUCAACAAGAUCCGCAAGCAGCAGCAGGUGCCUGUGGCUGGGAUUCGUUAGUGACUGGAAACUCUGGCUGAGCUCUUAUCAGGGGUACUGCCCAGGAGGAACAGGUGCUGCACAAUUAGGUUCUGGUCCCCACAAACCCUGAGCAGACAUGGAGGCUUCUCUCCUUUUGCUUCCCAGCUAUGGUGUUUGUUCCAGGGUUCCAGGCUCUCCUCCUCUGUUUCCCACAUGCAGUCCCCCCAUCAACAUCUGUUUUACUUUAUGCCUUACUGGAUUUGUUCUGUUCUGAGGAAUGGUAAUUAUGAAGAAUGGAGACACUUAAUCCUGCGGCCAGGGGAAAAGGUAGGGCAGAGUUAUCCUGGCCUUGCAGUAGAGAGAGAAAACUGUAUCCUCAGCUUGAAGACUUGGCCUAGGCUACAGUGAUCAUGCUUUGAUCUUUUUGUGGGCCAUUUUGUACUGAAGUCCCUCCUCUGCUCAAGGACCCAUCUGCAGUUUGUCAAGAGGUGACACAGCUGGGCGCCUUUCACUUAAUGACCAGUUUGCUGAAGUCAUUUGUGAACUGACUUUCUUAGGGUGUUGCCAGGGUCCUUUGAAUGUCUUUUGGACAUUUCUGCUUUCAUUGUGACUUACAUGAAGCCACAGGUUAACUACUGAAAGAGAACUAAAGACCGGAGCUCCUCCUAGGUAAUUCAUUUUCUCUCCCUAAUAGUUGUUCAGAGGUAAUCAGAUUGUUCCUGGGCAAAUUUAACUUUACUGCAUCAUCAGGAAGCAGUUGUAUACCUGUCUUAUUGUCAAUUCCCCCUCCCCCCCAAAAAAAAA